AUGGAUCAGUGGUAUUGGGAGUGGGGGCUCUAUGGCUGGGACGAUAGCACCCAAGGGGGUGUUACAGCGGGUGCUGCUAGUGCUGGUUCUGGUGGUGGUGGUGCGUCUGGGGGGAGUAUUCUGGGUGGGAAGAAAGGGAUAGGGAUUGGGACUGGGUGGAGACGGGGAGCAGCGGGAGGAAGCGGGGGUGGUUCGAGUGGGGGAGGAAGUAAAGGGGGGGCGAAUGGGGAGGCGAAGAGUAAGGGAGCGGGGGAUGUGGCGUGUAGGAUGGGCGAGGGGAUGGACAUAGAUGGGGUGGCUGGGGCGCAAGGGAGUGCGGUUACCGGGGUUACUGCGGUUACUGGGAGUACGGGAGUGACAGGGAUAGAUGUGGUUGCGAGGGAGGGAAGGGGCGGGAAAGGGAGUGAUGGUGGUGAUGUCUGUGAUGGGGCUCCAGUUGUAGACGAGAUAAAAGAGCAGCAGCAGAAAGAGCAGGGCGAGGAGAAGCAGAAGGAACAGCAGAAGAUGGGGCAGCAGCAGCAGCAAAAGCAGCAGCAGUUGCAGCAGCAAGAGGCGGCGGCACUAGAGCCAAAGUACAUCCUGCGGGGAGUUAGAGCCACGAAACAAACCGCCAAGGCAGCAGCCCCCCACCCAGGCAUGGUGGGCUGCCACCCCCCUCCCCCUGCACGGCCCACACCCACUGCUGCUGCUGCUGCUGCUGCUGCACCCACCAUUGCAGCAAGCGCCUCCGAUGCAAGCACUGACUCAGUCACUGCCGCAACUGCUGCAGCAGCCACUGCCACAAGCACCUCCCUCCCCCCCGCCCCCGUGGCCCCGCCGCCCCCCUGCUCCGUGUGCAAGGCAGCAGAGGACGCCUCGUGUCUGCUGUGCGACGCCUGCGAUGCCUGCUACCACCUGCGCUGCCUCAACCCCCCGGCUGAAGAGCCCCCCGCAGGGGACGAGUGGCUGUGCGAGGCGUGCGCGGAGGAGCAGUGGGAGCGCGGCAACGCUGUUGUGUUUGAGGAUGAAGAGCUGUGGGCGAGAAGGCAGAUGUCAGGCCCGGAGGGGCGGGGGCAGUGGUUGCUGCGCGGCGAGUGGCUGGCAGCGCAGGGGCACAUCCGCGUGGGCCCCAUGUUCCAGGCCCUGGUGGGCGAGUGGCAAGGCGCUGCGGAGAAGGGAGUUGCGGAGAAGAUGGAGAGGGAUGGGCGCGGCGUGGAUGAUGAAGGGCUGUACGUGCUGCUGCUGCUGCCCACCCCCGAGCGGCCUGUGUUUGGGCAGGAGCGGGCGUGGAGCGAGGAGGAGAAGGAGGCGGAGCUAGAAGCGAUGAAGCAGCGCCUGGCAGAGAGCAAGUGGCCCAUGGGCUGGCAGCCGGUGCGCAACCUGCCGGUGUCGGCAGAGGAGCGGUGGGAGCAGUGCGAGGGGAUUCUGUACUAUGAGGGCGAUGUGCGCGCGGACGGCAAGAUUGCCCGCAGGGACGUGGAGUGCGGCAAGUGGCGCAGGGUGCCGAGUGGGUUUGAGGUGGAGGACAAGUUUGAGUGCUCGUGCGCGCUCACCUUCGACCCGCAUCAUGCCGACUGUAUGGUGCCGCAGGAGCUACCGAAGAGGGACGUGGAGAGGAGGCUCAAGAUGAUAUCGGAGCUCAAAUCGCAGAAGCAGCAGCAGGGCACGGAGAUGGGCGAGUGGAAGGAGCGCACGGGGGAGUGGAGGGCGUUCAGGGCGCAAGCAGAGCAGGGGCACUGCCACCGCUUAGACACUCGAGAUUCAGACACUCCCCUCUCUUUGCCACCACUCACACUCCCCUCUUUUCCUCCUCUCCCUUGGCCCAUCUCUCCCUCGGCCCAUCUCUCCCUCUGCUUCUCUCCGUCACCUCUCGUGCCCCUUCCCCGUGGCCCUUCCCUUUCUCUCUCGCCCCAUGCAGAAGCAGCAGCAGGGGGCGGAGAUGGGCGAGUGGAAGGAGCGCAUGGGGGAGCUGAGGGCGUUCAGGGCGCACCACGGCCACUGCCACGUGGCCCCCAGGAGCCCCCUGGGCGUGUGGCUGCAGAAGCAGCGCAUGCUGCUGCGCCGCAACCGACUGUCACCCGUGCAGCGGGUGCGUGGGCGGGUGGCGGGUGGGCAGGUGGGCGGGUGGAUUGGUGGGAGGAGUUGCAGCAGCUGAGCGUGACGAUCAACCUGGAGGAUGCGCGGUGGGAGGAGAGCUUUGCUGCCCUCGUGGACUUCAAGCGCGACUACGGCCACCUCAACGUCUCCAACGCGCCACACGCGCACGCCAACACUGCCCCGCCUCCCAGCGCCGCUUCUGCUGCUGCUGCUGCUUCUGCUGCUGCCUCUGCUGGUGAUGGUGCCAGUGCUGGAGCAGGGGCAGGGGGAGGGGGAGGAGGAGGGGGGGCAGCAGGAGGAGCUGCUGCUGCUGCUGCUGGUAUCAGUGGCGGUGGCGUUAGCAGCAGCGGUAGCCAGCAGCAGGGAGGGGGGAGGCUGAGGCGAGCGCAGGACUUGGCGCGGCUGAACCAGUGGGUGAAGGCCCAGAAGGCCAUGGCACAGCAGCCGUUCAAGGGGAAGAAGGCACUGCAGCGAAUCUGCAGGCUGCUCGAGAUUGGAUUUGUUUUUUCGGAGGGCGAUUCCUCCUCUUAA